AAUUCAUAGAGGAAAGAGGCGCGGGAGCGCGCGGCGGCCGUCACCGGCGAUGAGUUGCGGCGCUUGGUGCCGGUAACGGGUAACGCGGCGGGGCUGCGGCCGGUGGGCACGGAUGAGCUGCGCCCCCGCCAGCGCCGACGCCUGACCCUGCCACCAUGCUCGUCAAGGAGUACCGCAUCUGCAUGCCGCUCACCACCGAGGAGUACCGCGUAGGGCAGCUGUACACCAUCAGCAAGCACAGCCACCAGGAGAGCGAGAAGGGCGAGGGCGUGGAGGUGGUGAAGAACGAGCCCCACGAGGACCCCGUCCACGGCCCCGGCCAGUUCACCGAGAAGCGCGUCCACCUCUCCAGCAAGCUGCCGAGCUGGGCCCGGGCGGUGACCCCCCGCAUCUUCUACAUCACGGAGAAGGCCUGGAACUACUACCCCUACACCAUCACGGAGUACACGUGCUCCUUCCUGCCCAAGUUCUCCAUCUACAUCGAGACCAAAUACGAGGACAACUGCGGGGACAGCGAGAACAUCUUCCGCAGCGAUAAAAUCCUGGGCGACCACGAGGUCUCGUUCCUGGACAUCGCCUUCGACGAGAUCCCCGAGCGCUACUACCGCAGCCUGGAGGACCCCCGGUUCUUCAGCUCGGCCAAGACGGGCCGGGGGCCGCUGCGGGAGGGCUGGCGCCAGCACACCAAGCCCAUCAUGUGCUCCUACAAGCUGGUGACCGUCAAGUUCGAGGUGUGGGGGCUGCAGACGCGCGUGGAGCAGUUCGUGCACAAGGUGAUCCGGGACAUCCUGCUGAUCGGGCACCGGCAAGCCUUCACCUGGGUGGACGAGUGGUGCGGCAUGACGAUGGAGGAGGUGCGGCGGUACGAGCGGGAGACGCAGGAGGCCACCAACGAGAUCAUCGGCAUGGUGGCCCCCACCAUUUCGGUCAGCGAGGUGGGGCAGCCCACGGCCACGCACUCGGCCCCCGCCAGCGCCCCUUCCACUCCCCUCAGCGACGAAGCCCCCGACUUCCUCGCCCCCCCCAAGGCUCGGCCCCGCAAGAAGUCGGCGCCGGAGACCCUGACGCUGCCUGCGCUGCGGGAACGCGCCAGUGCCGAGUGAGGCCGCGCCGUGACACCUGCCCGGUCGGACUGUCCUCUCCUCCGUGCCAGCCCUGCCACCCGCCUCGUCCCCUCCGACGGAUGCCGACCCCGAGGGGGGAACCCGCCGUCAGGGCGCAGGGGAGCCCCGUGGGGGUGCCGGCGACCCUGAGCCGCUGCGGGUGCCCGUGUGGGACGUUGCCACCAUCGCCACGCUGGACCUGCUGUCUCACAGGGAGGGGACGCCCCGCUCCUCCUCCCAGGCAGCAUCGGGCCACGGCAGCAUCCCAGCCCCUUUGGUCCAGCCGUGGCCGGGCUGGGCGCGUGGCCGUGCCGGGCUGGGUACCGCCGCACUCGGGGAGCGAUGCUCGAGCACCACCCUGCAAGGUAGGCACCGGGCACAGGCGGGUGGGUGUGGGAGUGACAGUGACAGCCCAGUGCCACCUCCUGGGGCUCCCUGUGGGAUGCCAGGGGCCACGUCGCCCCACGCACUCCAGGUCUCGCAGUUGGAGGCCGUGCCAGUGCGAGGGGUGCGGGGGCAGGCUCAGACCUGUAUUUUCUUUGGGAAAACAAGGUCCUUUUCAGAAAUAAAGCUGGAGACGUGG